AGUCAGUAAAAUCUUUGAUCUCUACUCGAGAGUAUCUAGUUUCAAUUCAUUUUCCAAGUUUUGCAGGAAACUUCAGUCGAGAUGAAAUCCGCAGUAAUAUUGGUACUGGUAGCUACUUUUGCUUUUGCCAGCUGCAAGUCCUUAAUAGUUCAGGAUGAAGAUGGCCAAGUUUAUUCUUUAACUCCGAUUUCAAGCCGACAGAAAAGAGAAGAACCCAAAUGGUAUGGUGGUGGAGGUGCCAACAGCAAACAAGGAGGAGGAGUUAUCGGAGUUGUGAAUCCUAAUGGAUCUGGCGCACAAGUAAAAUACGGACAUGCCAACGGCUAUGGACACGAUUUUAGUGUAGACGCCAAAGUACCAGUAUGGUCAAACGGUCCAUCUACACUAAAUGUUGGAGGAGGAUUUGACCGCCAUGUCGGAGGCUGGGGAGGCAGUCACACCGGUGACAAACGUGUUGGAAUUAGUUUCAAUCACAGAUUCUAGAUUUAUUGUCAAACGAGAUUGAUUUUAUUCUAUGUGAUAUUUUUUUUUAUUUAAGUUAACAAAUAAAUAUUUAUUUUUCCCUGUGAAUUUUAAGAAUUGUGAUAUAAUUUUAUUGUCAAAGUAAUUAUUGCGAAGAAAUAAAUAUUAUUACACUAA